UUGAAUGAACAUGAAAUGAUUUGAAGUGCUUAGAACAGUACCUGGCACAUAGUGUGUGUUAUAAAAGUGUGUCUUCUUUUUAUGGACAAUAGUAUUAUUUUAGCCACUCCCACUUCUCCCCAAUUAUGUGAAUUCUUUUAAUUCAAGAAGCAUGAGCUGUGAAUGGUUAUGUCCACUUUCAUCCUCAAUUCUUAGCACAGUCCCUGGCACAUGGCAGGGUCUCAGCUUGAAAGAGGCUGAUUUUGGGCUGGGCUUUGGAGGGUUGCUGGGGUUUGGGGAUUCAGAGGAUGCAGAGGGAAGGAGGCAAGGCAUGUUAGGAAGAGAUAUCAUCAGGGACAUGUGCUACUCUUGGGAUAAUCAUUUGCUCUGGGGGAGAAGUUCUAUUCCUCACAGAAGAGCUAAGUCAGGCAAAGCUGAAAUACAAAAGCUGCUCCGUGCAGUGUCUGCUGAGCUGGUUGUGAGGUCCAGGCAUGAGGACAAUGAAAGUGUUGGGGAAAACAUGACACCCUUGGCCUGUGCUGCUCCCACUGAAAGCAUGAGGAGCCUUGGAGUUCAGGUGAGACUUGAUGUGCUAACGAGGACAGUGGGGGCAGCCAGGAUACACUGAGUGGGGUGGUGGCUUCAGCUUCAUUGGGAGAAUGGGAGAUAAGGCUCCAGCCUUGCUGGGGACUGCGGGCUUUGAGCAAUGGCCUCCUUUGUUUGUGACCAAGAGGUUGAUGGCCAAAGCAAACAACCUCUAGAGGUUCCUUCUAGUUCUGCUUCCUAUAACCAACAUGGUUGCUUCCUCCUGUCCAGGUAAUGGUAUGGAUCCAUGGAGGUGGUCUGAUGGUGGGCGGGGCAUCAAUGUACGAUGGGCUAGCCCUGUCUGCCCAUGAAGACGUGGUGGUGGUGACCAUUCAGUAUCGCCUGGGGAUCUGGGGAUUCUUCAGCACUGGGGAUGAGCACAGCCCAGGGAACUGGGGUCUCUGGGACCAGGUGGCUGCACUGCACUGGGUCCAGGAGAACAUUGCUGACUUUGGAGGGAACCCAGGCUCAGUGACCAUCUUUGGAGAGUCUGCAGGAGGUGCAAGUGUCUCUGUUCUUGUUUUAUCUCCUCUGGCCAAGAACCUCUUCCACCGGGCCAUUUCUGAGAGUGGCGUGACCCUCUCUAUUGGUUUGGUCAAGAAUGAAAGCAGGUCAGCAGCUGAGAAAUUUGCUAUCUUGGCUGGGUGUAAAAGCACCACCUCUGCUGUCAUGGUUCACUGCCUGCGCCAGAAGACAGAGGAGGAACUCUUGGAGACAUCACUGAAGAUGGUAGGUGCAUUCAUUCUAGUGGCCACACAAGUCCCACCCUUUAAACUUGGCCCCAGGCUUUAUCAUUUCAGCUGCCACCUUUACCUGAAAAAUCUACCUGAACAGUUUCUUUUCUCUCGGGAGCAGCGAUUUGCUGACAGACUGAAUGUAGGUGUGAGAAAAAGAGGAGUGCCCCUGAGCUUGUUUGUUUAUUUUAACCUGAGCAAGGCAAUGCACAUAGCCCACACAGCACAACCACGUGCACCCGCUCUGGGCAGCAGUAAUUACGUUGUCCUAACAGAAGCUGAAGUUGUUCACCCCCUCUCCACCACUGACUGUGCCCAGCUCUGGUCUCACUACUCUGUUCUCUUCCAGAGCUAUCCCUUCCUGCCCAUUGUGGUUGAUGGGAUGCUGUUGCCAAAGACACCUGAAGAGAUUAUGGCAGAAAAGAAAUUCAACACCGUCCCCUACAUUGUUGGAAUCAACAAGCAAGAGUUUGGCUGGAUUAUUCCAAAAUUGAUGGGCUACCCACUCUCUGAAGGUAAACUGGACCAGAAGACAGCUGCAUCGCUCUUGUGGAAGUCCUACCCCCUUGUUGCCAUCCCUGAGGAACUGACUCCGGUGAUCACUGAGAAGUACUUAGAUGGGACAGAUGACCCUGUCAAAAAGAAAGACCUGUUCCUGGACAUGCUUGGAGAUGCAGCAUUUGGUGUUCCAUCUGUGAUUGUGGCACGUCGUCACAGGGAUGCCGGAGGCCCCACCUACAUGUACGAAUUUCAGCAUCGUCCAAGCUUCUCACCAGAGAUGAAACCCAAGACGGUGAUAGGAGAUCACGGGGACGAGCUCUUCUCGGUCUUCGGGACCCCAUUCUUAAAAGAGAGUGGCACAGAAGAGGAGGUCAAACUCAGCAACAUGGUGAUGAAGCUGUGGGCCAACUUUGCUCGGAAUGGGGACCCCAAUGGAGAGGGGCUGCCCCAUUGGCCAGCAUAUGACCAGAAGGAAGGGUACCUGGAGAUUGGCACCACGACUAAGGCAGCCCAGAAGCUGAAAGACAAGGAGGUGGGUUUCUGGACUGAGAUCCUGGCCAAGAAAGGAGCAGAGCAGCCAGCGCAGACAGAGCACAUUGAGCUAUGAACAGAGGGCCAACUGGGUACUCUACAUGGGCAUUCUACAGAAGGCACUUAUAGCUCAAAGAGGCUUCUUAUUGUGGAGGCUGAAGAAUUGUCUGGUGGGAUGGAGAAUUUUGUACCGAUUGCCUCAAAUUUGGGAAUAAAUGUUUUGGAGAUGAAGCCAGUGUCUGUGUCUUGGUCUGGAGAUUAAACUUUCCUCCUUAGAGAGAAUGAGGUCCCUGGAUGGUGCAAAUGGUUUGUGCUUGACUAAUAAUUGAAAGGUUGGCAGUUCAAACCCACCCAGCAGUGCUGCUGAAGAAAGAAGAAUGGCGUGGUGAUCUGCUUCCGUAAAUAUUACAGUCAAGAAAACCCUAUAGAGCUUGGGCCUACACUGUAACAAAUGAGGUCCCCAUGAGUUGGAGUCAAAGGCAAUGGGUUUGUUUUGAGUUUUUUCCUUAGAGUGACUGCACCAUGAGCAGGAAGGUGCUCUACUGGGGAUGGCUGGGCCUCUGGGCAAGCAGGAAGCAGCAGGCUGAGUUCUGGGAGCUGCUGAGGGGGCUCUAGGUCUGCACCAUCUCUCUGGGUCCUCAACAACUUCCAACAGCUGGAUUUGGGAUGGUCGGAGAGGAGCACCCCUCUUUUCAGUGUGGAGCUACCCAUGGAGGUGGAGGUAACAUAGGCUGAGUGUGUCCCUGGAGUGAGAUGGGAGGAAGAGGUGGCGUGGCGACCCUGUGGCACUGCUGCAUGGCCUGACUGACCAUUCCACAGGCCUGUGCCACCUUCAAUAUGCACAGUACUCUCCCAGGCCCUCCCCAAGGCUACCUCCUCCAGCAGCUGGUCUGUAGCCUCUGUAGCCUGGACUACUUCUUGGGUGGUGACCACCUUGGAGUAAGUCCCUCAAGCAUCAUCCUAAAACUGCCUUAGAGGUUAGUUUUGCCUUCUGCUCUGAGGCAGAAAGCUAUAAGAGGUGUCAUUCUUACCCCAACUGGAGGAAAACACUGGAUUUUUCUCAAGAUUAUAAC